AUGAUCGGCGACAUUCGCUCCAAGGCGCUCCAGAAGAUAGCUUCGCUAUCUGCGUCUAGCUCUACAACAUCCUUCGACCGAUCCGAUCUCGACCGGUUAUGUAGGGCCUGCCACGCCGGCGCGAAGAGCAAGGACUAUGUCAAUGGCUAUCAGAAUAAGAGCUCGCUAGGCCGAGUGCCUAUGUCUAUUCGCGAAUUUGAGGUCUUGAUCGCAUUAUGCAAGACAGCACCGAAGAUCAAAUCGAGCCAGAGCGCUCAGCGACUCUCGUACCAGCUGUUCCCGUAUAUUCUUGAAGCACAUAUACAGGUUUUCCUCCCUUCGCCAUUCUUCCGAAAGAUCGACCCGUCCCCGACCGAGGCUCUAGCCUUUCAUGUGACAGGGGCCCUGUUGGCACUUGGCAUCAACUACGAUGAGCUUCAGGAGAAUGUGACCGAUAAGAUCUGGGCCUUCGUGAACUCUUGUAGACGAGCUACUGAGAGCAUCAUCUCACCUCAAGCAGGGGAUCCUGAGAAUCCUCACUUGGAGGAUGCAAUUCGAACUGUGACAAUUGCCGUGGCUCUGCUGGGAUUUUUGGAUGCGGCAGCCGCUCAGGCCGACUUCUGGAGAUCUGGCGGUCGACUAGCCAUGAUCAAGAAAAUCAGAGAAUUGCUUUCUGAGCCUUUCCUUAUCGCUGUGGAAACAGCACUGUCCACCAUUCGCAACUGUCAUAGCCAGGAUCGCGAGGUUAAAGAAUGGAAGAGAUACCUGCGCCACUAUGCCUCCUCUGGACGGCCUCUCGGAGCUAUGCUUCUCCAUCGCAGCUUCGCUCAUCUUAUUGUCUCCAGCACUUCGCUGAUGGUAAAGGACCCUCGUUCUCUGCGAGAGUCUCACGUGCUGGAUAUCUACAUUGCCCAGGGUGAAGAUCUUUGCAACAUCGCGUCCUCUGCGCUCGAAGCAGACUUCAAGACGGUUGAGGAAUAUGCUGCCCUGGCCAUCGAAGAGAUCCAGUACAUCGAAGGUGGUGCUGACUUCAUCCGUAUGGGAUCUCCUGACCAGCAGAGUCUCGCUUACGCUGUGAAGGCUGCGGCGCUCAUUUCCUAUUUGAACUGCGCUCUGCUCAAUGAAGAUGCUGCUGAUACAGAGAUUCUCAUGAACUGGCUUCAGGAAACCCUGGAUGACUCUGUUCAGAUGGCUGACCCUACUCUUGCAUCGGUCACGUUGCGAUGUUUGGCCCUGAUCUGUCAGAUCUCACCAUCCUUCUCGUCUAAUGUCAGCCGCAUCCUCCCUAGGUUCAUCGUUCAGGAUGCCCCACAGAAAGAUAUCGUCACUAUAGCUUCCAAUAGCUUGGCCUAUGCUCUCAAAAUGCUCUCGAAGGAUGCUGUCAUCGGCACAUUGUAUACCCUAGGCAACGUACUCAGCCCUGGGUCGGACCAAGCGUUUGUGAACGAUCAGAUUGAUGGAACGGCAAGUGAAACAGGGCUUAAUGCCAUUUAUACCAAUCGUCGGUCCAUUGGGAGCUCGAUUUCACUACAGAUGUAUGGCGAGGAGGAGACUGCGAUCGUUUCUGGCAAUGUCGUGCAAACCAUUUGUGGAAUUGCUGCUGCUUUCAAGGAUGAGAAAAUUACCGCACUGGCUCAGUCUAUGCUUCAACAAAAGCUCGAAAAGGUCAAUACAGGCGUGGAUGCCCGGAUUAUCAGUGGAGCAGCAGCUCUGGCUCUCGAGGGCGGACAACUCGAGUUUCGCUCUCUGCUCAAGUUGUUUAGUAAACUUUGCCAUACUGGGGUUGUCGAAAACCAGCUGUUCCUACUGGAAGCGGUGAGAAAUGCUCGCACUUUCAUUUCUGCCAACCUACGGCGUGACUCGCAGCUGUUUGGUAUCUACUUCGAACACCUGCUUGACAGCAUCAUCGGACUUGGUGAUGUACACUCGUCUGGACAUACCAAGGAAUCUGACGUACAAAUGGCUGCAAAGGAGAUCGCGGAACUUCUUCACCCGCUAGCAAUCUUUAUGUCCACGAACGAUUUUGCUUUGGAGCCCAUCGCCGAUGACGAGAUGUAUUCUCUUCUUCGAGACGCUUGGUUCAACAUCGUGGUUCAUGGCUUUACAACCAACACAGAUCGAGGCAAACAGUAUAUGAGAGAAUUGCGCCUGAUUGCUAUUCACUCCCCACCUCUUGUGGCUGAGCAGCGAGGCGAGCAGGUCGAAAGUGAUAUCGAGCUUAAUACUGUCUUACGACGUGGUAUGAGUAACGAUAGAGAAUCUCUGCAGAAGAAGCUUAUGAGUGAUCUUGUACCCUCCAAGUCCAAUGAGAUUAGGAGCCUCAGCUAUCGCAAGGUGAUCUUCUUGCAAGCAGCUUAUUUGAUGGAAAUUCUUCGAGCCGACUCAGGUGAUUGCACCAAGGUUCUUUCUUAUUUCCUGGAGCCGAGCAUGGCCAAGGGAGAGCUGAGCAGCGCCAUGGAGGGUGUUGCAGCUGCUGUCAUGGAUAAGUAUAUUCAAAAGACUCAAAACGGCGCCGAACCAACCUUUUCUGCCCAGUACGCGGCCGAGCAGCUCGCUACUAUCUUCUGUAGCUGCUGCCAUCGUAUCGAACGAGUCCAACAAGCCGCGUUUGUUUGUGCAGAUCGCUUCCUCCGCGAAAUUCCUUCAGCCCUUUGCUAUAGCUGCUUGGAAGCUGAGACAGAUGUUUAUGCUCCUAGGUCUACUUUUACGUCAGAACUUGGCGGAGUGACUGUGCAGCUUUCAGAUGACUACGAUUUUCGAAGGUGGACAGUAGAUAUCCUCAACCGGAAGGCCAGGGUAUGGGUCAAUUCUGCCAUCAAUCUCUCUCCUCUCGAUGUCAAGGGAAUUCUGCAGACAUAUCUGUCGGAGUUCAGUGACGAAGGCGCUUACGGCCAUGUCUCUUUGGGAAGGUCUUUUGCUCUUGAGCUCGGAUCAGUUAUUCCAUCAACAGACAAUCGUCUCCAAUCCAUGGACAAGAUUGGCAACUCGAGUGUCAACACAGCCUCUGCCUUCGUUGCGCAGUACACAACUCGCCAAGAAUAUCGGUACGGCGAGACGCUUCCGGAUCGCGGUACAGAACUUAUGAGCUUCAUGAAUCACAACCGUCGCUUGUCAUUUGUGCAGUCGUCUGUGAAGGAGAGUGCCAAUGCCACUACUGCACUCGCUCAUAUCGAGGCAAGAAUUCUCAGCAAGAAGAGUACAUCCAUCACUGAAGUCCGGGAUAUUCUUCGUAGGGCAGCAGCACUUCUUUGCCGCACGAGCAAGGAUGAAGCCGCUGUUGCUCACCACCUUGUGAGCAUUCCAUUCGCCCUAUUCACCAAGCAAUCCAUCAACUUGGGUGUUUCCUUGUGGCUUGGUGUGAUCAACGAGAACCCAAGACAGGAGUCGAGACUGCUGAAUGAGAUCGUCCAGCAAUGGGAGUUCUCUCUUACGCGAAAGGUCGGCCUUUUCAGCCCAACACUGAAUCAUGUUGACCCCUUCUUUUUGAAAGAAGAAUUUGCACCCAGCGAAUUGGAAGCUCUAGCCAAGAAGAAGCAGAUUGUGCAUGACAUUCUCUCUCCCCACACUCGACUGCUCCAAUUCUUUGCCAGCCAUUAUAAUGCUACCAGGCUCGGUAGCCCUGACAUCCAGAAGGUGUUCCUGCGGAUGAUUGACCUUACACUGGAGGCAAUGAAGCAAUCUGCAACUCAUCCAAUGGCCAGAGAGAUUCGAUUCCAAAUCGUCUUAUUUGGUCUGCGCAUCCUACGUUCCAGCACCACUCUCAAGCCUGCAGCACAGUGGAGGCUCAAGGAGCGACUUCUUACGGCUGGCCUGUCUUGGUUUAGGUCUGCGCCCAAGUGGUCUUUUGGCAGUAACUUAUUGCAGAUGAAGACCGAGAUCCGUCUUAUCUCUGAUGUCUUAGCGGCCCUCCAACAGGUCUCUUCUAUAGGCGCCCAGACUGUCGGUAAUGUCAAGUCUCUGCAGUCCAAAGAGCAGCUGCUCGAUCUCCUUCUCAGAAAUGAACAACUGCGCCUAAUUGUCUGGGUAAACCCACUCAACAAUGCAAGCAAUCAGGCACUGACCCCAACUGCCGGCAAGGCACCGACCGAAGCUGCACUCUUACCACUCAUUAGGACUGCAUGGUGGCAGGACCCAGCUAUUGCCAUUGAACUCGCAACUAGGUUUCCAUUCCCUCGCCUGCAGCGCGACAUCAGGUUCUUGCUUCUCACCAUGCCUGAAAAGGCCAUUUUCGAGCCUGAGGCUCUGCACCUGAUCUUUGGGGGAUUUCUUCCCGAUGAUGUUGCUUCACAACAACUCAAGGCAAGUUUCUAUUUAUUGUACUGGGAGCCUGUGAACCCGGUAACAGCCGUUACCAUGUUCUUACCCGCCUACCAGUCGCACCCUUUCAUUAUUCAGUACGCCAUGCGUGCGCUGGAAAGCCAUUCCGUCGACGUAACAUUCUUUUAUGUUCCCCAAAUUGUCCAGUCUCUCCGCUACGAUAGCCUUGGAUAUGUCAAGCGCUAUAUCCUUGAAACAGCUCAGUUUUCCCAGCUGUUCGCUCACCAGAUUAUCUGGAACAUGAAGGCCAAUUCGUACAAGGACGAUGACGCUCAGAUCCCUGACGAAAUCAAGCCAACUCUCGACACGGUCAUGACUCAGAUGGUUGACGGUUUUGCCGCUGAGGACCGCGACUUUUAUGAGAAAGAGUUUUCUUUCUUUGACGAAGUCACUGACAUUUCUGGAAAGCUUAAGCCCUUCAUUAAGAAGUCGAAACCGGAGAAGAAGCAAAAGAUUGAAGAAGAGCUGCGCAAAAUCAAAGUUGAGGUCGGCGUUUAUCUUCCUAGUAAUCCUGAUGGUGUUGUUAUCGGCAUUGAUCGUAAGUCUGGCAAGCCUCUACAGAGUCAUGCCAAGGCUCCGUACAUGGCAACGUUCCGUAUUCAGAAGAACAAAGGAGGCGUUUCUGAGGUGGAUGAGAUGAUGGAGGAGAAUGAUGGAGAAGAUCACGGAACACCAGAGAGGACUGUUGAAGUCUGGCAGUCGGCCAUUUUCAAGGUCGGCGAUGAUUGUCGACAGGACGUCCUGGCGCUGCAGAUGAUUGCAGCGUUCCGAGGCAUAUUCCACGAUGUCGGCCUGGAUGUCUACGUCUUCCCUUAUCGAGUCACUGCCACUGCCCCUGGUUGCGGUGUCAUCGACGUGCUGCCUAACUCGAUCUCACGAGAUAUGCUUGGUCGUGAGGCUGUCAACGGUUUGUAUGACUACUUCAUCUCCAAAUACGGCAAUGAGAACUCGCUCCGAUUCCAGCGAGCCCGCAGCAACUUCGUCAAGUCCAUGGCUGCGUACUCAGUCAUUUCCUACUUAUUACAAUUCAAGGAUCGACACAAUGGCAACAUCAUGAUUGACGACGCAGGACACAUCCUACACAUUGAUUUUGGUUUCUGCUUUGAUAUCGCCCCAGGUGGUAUCAAGUUCGAGCGUGCCCCCUUCAAGCUCACAACCGAGAUGGUGGCGGUCAUGGGUGGUUCAAUGGAGCACCAGAGUUUCAAGGCCUUCGAGGAGCUCUGCGUGAAGGCUUUCCUGGCCAGUCGUCAGUAUUGCGAGAAGCUCAGCCAGAUCGUCUGGCUUAUGAUGGAUAGUGGGCUGCCCUGCUUCAAGCCUGAGAGUGUCAAGCAUUUCCGUGAGCGUUUUGUCCUUGACAAGAGCGAGCGCGACGCUGCCAACUUCAUGAAACAUCUCAUCAAGACCAGUUACUCGAGUCACAGCACAGGUAUCUACGAUCAGUUCCAGCUUCUGACUAACGGCAUUCCCUAUUAG